AUAAUAUUGUAACAAUAAUGAAGUACUAUUCCAGUUUCUAUAUAUGAUAUUGAAACCUCAAAGAGACCCAAGCACAUUAAGAAAGUAGCCAUGGAAGCCUGCAACACGAACAUUCUAAAACUAGUCUCUAUCAUAUUCUUCCUCACAUCUUUCUUCUCCACCGGAACCCUAGCUCAGUGCAAGGAAGAAACCAACAACUCCUGCAACAAUAAAACCAAAGCUCUGCCAUUAAAACUCAUUGGCAUUGCUUCAAUCCUCAUCACCAGCAUCAUCGGAGUCUCUCUCCCUCUUGUCACCCGCUCUGUUCCCGCCCUCAGCCCUGACCGAAGCCUUUUCAUCAUCAUCAAAGCUUUCGCUUCCGGCAUCAUUCUGGCCACCGGAUUCAUGCACGUCUUGCCGGAUUCUUUCGGCAUGUUGAGGUCCAGUUGCUUGGCUGAGAACCCAUGGCACAAGUUCCCGUUCACGGGGUUUGUUGCUAUGUUGUCUGCGAUUUUCACACUCAUGGUGGAUUCCAUGGCUACCAGUAUGUAUACUAAGACGAAUAACUCAGUCUCGGCCGAAGCUGAUAAGGUGGUGGUUGCCGGAGACCAUGAGAUGCCGGUGGUGGAGAGUGGCGGUGGACAUUUCCAUGGACACCACCAGCAUGGUCAAAGGGGCUCAAUCGGAACACAACUGCUACGGUAUCGCGUUGUUGCCAUGGUACUCGAGCUUGGAAUAGUGGUCCACUCGAUAAUAAUCGGGUUAGGUGUUGGAGCUUCGAAUGACAUUUGCACCAUCAAACCAUUGGUUGCAGCCCUUUGUUUCCACCAGCUGUUUGAAGGCAUGGGCCUUGGUGGUUGCAUCCUUCAGGCCGAAUAUAAAACGAUGAAGAAACUCGUAAUGGUAUUUUUCUUCUCAAUGACGACUCCUUUUGGGAUUGCAUUGGGGAUCGGGUUGUCGAAUACAUACAAAGAGAAUAGCCCAAGCUCAUUAAUCGUUGUGGGGCUGCUCAAUGCUUCCUCAGCUGGUCUCCUCAUCUACAUGGCUUUGGUGGAUCUUCUUGCGUCUGAUUUUAUGGGUCCGAAGCUACAAGGGAGCAUUAAGCUCCAAAUUAAGUCGUAUGUUGCAGUGUUUCUUGGAGCUGGAGGGAUGUCUGUAAUGGCGAAAUGGGCUUAAGAUUUUACAAGCAUCAAAAUCAGUUAGAUUGUUCAUCUUUUGAAUAGCACUUAGGUGUGGCUAAUUAGCAAUUAAGAUCAUUAAUCUCGGUUAUUCUCGUUUGAAAAGUUGUAUGUGGUGUAGCGAAGUUUGUUGUCACUAUUGGACUAUACACCUUAACCACGGUGACAUUAAUGGCAGCAAUCAUUGUGUAGGUGAUCUCUUUAUGUAAACUCGUCGAUCUUUUUAUGUGACUUACGGAUAUAUCAACGAUCCAUGUGAAUGUGCUAUUGUACAAAAUGAAUUCGGGCCACCUUAUUUGAAGUACCAAAC